AUGGAACCAUCGACAAGAGCUCAAAUGAGCUUUUCAAAGGACUCGAUCCGUCUAUGGGACGCCUACUCCAGCCUGGGCUUUACCGAAAGAAAUGGUGAUAAGAUGAGCUGUGCCAGUAUUAGCCAUACCAGAGACAGGUGUCCCGAUCGGAUGCCAGAGGAUAGAUAUCGGAAAAUCCGAGGGAUUCUAGAUGAAUUCGAGAAGAAGCCUCCCCAUGACGCGUUGUCCUUGUUACCAGAGUUAGCACAGCUAUGUUGUUGCCUCAAAUACCACCAAAACGACGGCUUUAAGCUAGUAGACAAUUGGAAAAGAUUUGUCAAGGGAGCGGAAUAUGGGUACCAGCAAGCAGAGCGCAUUCGGAAGGACAACUCUGCUCUCCGACGGCAGGUAAACUUUGAGAUCGCAAAACAUGCAACGGUGAGCGAGGAGCUCAAUCGUCUAGAGCGCAUUCAGAAGGACAACUUUGCUCUCCGACAACAGUUGAAUAUUGAGAUCGCAAACCAUGCAACGGUGAGCAAGGAGCUCAAUCGUCUAGAGAACAAUCAAGAUCUUCGCGACUACAGCGAUUCGGUGGCCAAGGGAGUGACUUUGUAUUCAUUGAAGAAGGACAUCGAAGGAGAGAAAGCCGCCAAAGAAAACGCGAAAAGAGAGCUAGAGGUUUUGCGCGAGAUCAAUUCGAGGUCCACUAGCCAAUGCGAAGCUAAUUCCAAACCAUUGGCACCAAAACAACUUCCACUUCCAAUUCAACCAAUGCCACCUAUCAUUCAUCCCACAACACUUCAUCCUACAACAAUGCGUCCAACAAAACGAUCUACAAUGAUGCGUGCUGCAACAAAGCGACCUACGGCAGUCCGUCCUUUCCAAAACACUCCAAGAAUCUUCGGCCCAGACGUCCAGAGGAUCGAAGAGCUUAAGGCGCAAUUGGCAGACCAGAAGGAGACAAUCAACGCGCUCAAAUCGCAAAUUUCCGAGCUCAACGCAACCAGUCGCGCUCAGGUUGAUGCCUUGAAAGCAGAGAUUCAGAGUGAUCGUCAAGGAUACAGCCAAGGCUUAGCGGACCUCGAAGAAAGAAAGCUCAAUCUCGAGGAAGAGGAGUGCAAGUUACUUCAUAGGAUGACUAUGAUACAGAUGGCACAAGAUAUGGGAGUCGGACAUCGCUUGGUGGCUUUGAUGUUGGAGAUGCUGAAGAAUACUCGAGCUUGGGGAGUUGAUGUCUUGGAUCGGGCUUACCGGGCGGCGGAGAGAAGGGCUAUUGAGUGGGAAGAGGGUUUUAAGAACAGGGGAUUCGAUAUCUUGAAUCGGGAUCAUCGGGAGGCGGAGAAGAGGGCUGCUGCAUGUGAAGAGGGUCUGGAGGAUAGGGAGCCAAAGAGACGGAAGACGAAUAUAUGAUAGCUGUUGGGGGAAGUCUUUGGAAGCUUGCUCACAGGCAAGGGGUG